AUGCACAUCGACUUUGCUUCAUUAGAGAAUAAAGCGGAACUGACAGGCAUCAAGUGGCGUAGGUAUAACUUUGAAGGUCAUGGAGAUUGUGGACCUAUUAUCUCAGCUCCUGCUCAAGAUGACCCAAUUCUCCUGAGUUUCAUCCGAUGUCUACAGGCCAAUCUGUUGUGUGUCUGGCGCCGUGAUGUCAAACCAAAUUGUAAGGAGCUGUGGAUAUUCUGGUGGGGAGAUGAGCCAAACCUAGUAGAUGUAAUACACCAUGAGCUGCACAUGGUAGAAGAGGGACUGUGGGAGAAUGGGCUUUCAUAUGAGUGCAGAACGCUACUUUUCAAGGCGAUCCACAACCUGUUGGAAAGAUGCCUAAUGGACAAAAACUUUGUAAGGAUUGGGAAAUGGUUCAUCCGGCCAUAUGAAAAAGAUGAAAAGCCUAUUAACAAAAGUGAGCAUUUGUCCUGCGCCUUCACAUUCUUCCUCCAUGGGGAAAGUAAUGUGUGUACGAGCGUGGAGAUUGCUCAGCACCAGCCAAUCUACCUUAUCAGUGAGGAGCACCUUCAUAUGGCCCAAACCUCUCCUAUGCCUUUUCAAGUGUUGAUCAGUCCGUAUGGGUUAAGUGGUACUUUGACGGGCCAAGGUUACAAGAUGUCAGACCCAGCAACCAGGAAAUUAAUUGAAGAAUGGCAGUAUUUUUAUCCCAUGGUGCUGAAGAGGAAGGAGAGUGUGAAAGAAGAAGAACUGGGAUACGAUGACGAUUUUCCAGUGGCAGUCGAAGUCAUAGUUGGUGGUGUCCGAAUGGUGUACCCUUCCGCCUUUGUUCUUAUCUCUCAAAAUGACAUUCCUGUGUCUCAGAGCACUUCCACACCAGGAAGCCACAGCAGUGUGGCACAACAAGGAGCCGGAAACUUGAAAGACACCAGCAGUUGUGGAAUGUUACUCACACCACCCACUUCUCCGGAGCAGACCAUCAUAGGUGAAAGUGGAGGCAUUCCAAGCAUAAUUAAUCAUUCAGCAGCACCAGAUGGAAUGGUCACUAUGCAGAGUCCAAAAAAAUCAGGGAAGAUUCCUCCAAAAUUCCAGAACUGUAUGGUCCACAGAGUUUGGAAGGAGUGCAUUCUCAACAGGACACAGUCCAAAAGGAAUCCAGUUCCUGCUACCAAUGUGGAGGAAGAUGCCCCCAUCAACUGUGUUUCUUGGGAUUUUGUGGAUCCAGCCCAAAGAGUCCCGUGCUCUUGUUCCAGGCACAAGCUCCUCAAGCAACGCUGUGCUGUCGGUUCAAGCCGUCCACCAACGCUAUCGCAGCCAGGGUUUGGUGUGGGAACUUCAUCCUCUUCCACCUUACCACCUCCUGCCUCUAAGCACAAAACCACAGAGAGGCAGGAGAAACUGGAGAAAGUUCAGAAGAGGUCGCUGCUGCCGUUUCAUCAUCGUCCCUCUGUCACUGAAGAGCUGUGUAUGGAGCAGGACCCUUCAGGACAGAAGUUGGCCUUGGCAGGGAUGGAACCCGCCUUGGAAGCUGCUAGUGGUAGGAAAUAUGAGAAGCAGCUUUCCCUGCCUCCUCGACACCCAAGCAAGCAAACCAAUUCGAAUCCUAUGGAUUCUCCCCGUUCCCCCAUAUCUCCUCUGCCUCCAACACUCAGCCCCCAGCCAAGGGGACAGGAAGCCGAUAGUUUGGACCCACCAUCUGAUCCUGUGAAUCCAGCCCUCUACAGCAAUGGGUUAGAACUUCAGCCAAUGGCUAGCACUGAGGAUAGGACAGUCCUUGUGGGCCAAAGGUUGCCUCUGAUGGCUGAAGUCAGUGAGACAGCUUUGUAUUGUGGAGUUGUACACAACCAGGAGUCAUCAAACAAAUGGCAGGGAUAUUCUCUUCCUCUACACAGUGAUCUAGAAUUCAGGCCUCCGGAACUCCAAUGCGAGAUAUAUGAUGUCAAGAUGGAUGUUGCAUCUGAAAACAGUGCACUGAAAAGGCUCUUAGCACAACCUAAUAAAAGAUUUAAAAUCCUGGAGGAAACCCUACUUGUUCCAGCCGUGAAUUAUCUUGACCCCUUGCCUCUAAUUCCUCAAUCUGGCGAAUGCUUGGGAGAUGCUACUGAUCCGUACACAUUUCAGGAUGGCGACAUCAAAUACAGCUUCACGGGCUCUAAAAAAUGCAAACUUGGGACUGAUAGAGAAUCUCUGAAGAAGAAUAAGCCAGAAGAUGGAACUGCAGCUAAAGAGUUAUCUUCAGGAGGCCACUCUACCACCCUGCCGGAUGGGAAAGAUGCAAUGUCCAUCUUCAGUUCUGCACCUAAGACAGAUACUCGGCAAGAUAAUUCUGCUGGCCGAGCUGGUUCAGGUAGCCUAACACAAGUAACCGACUUGGCUCCAUCUCUCCAUGAUUUGGAUAAUCUCUUUGAUAAUUCAGAUGAAGAUGAGCCUGGCGCUGUCUCCCCUCCCCUCCGAUCAUCAAAAAUGCCACCGGUGGGAACCGAAGAGCGCCAUCUGAGCAAGGAUGGGAGGACAGCAGUUCCUUAUCCUCCAACUGUUGCAGAUCUGCAGAGGAUGUUCCCAACACCACCCUCCUUGGAACAGCACCCUGCUUUUUCGCCUGUCAUGAGCUACAAAGAUGGUAUCAGCUCCGAGACCGUGACUACGCUAGGGAUGAUGGAAAGCCCGGUGGUCAACAUGGUUGCGACUCAACUCACAGAAUUUAAAAUGGAGGUGGAAGAUGGUUUGGGCAGUCCAAAGCCGGAAGAAGUCAAGGAUUUUUCCUUUGUGCACAAAGUGUCCACCUUUCAGCCCUUUAUGGGCUCUUCCAUGUUCGCCCCUUUGAAGAUGCUACCAAGCCAGUGCCUGCUACCGCUGAAAAUUCCAGAGGCCUGCGUCUAUCGGCCUUCUUGGGCUAUUCCUCCCAAAAUUGAGCAACUUCCUUUACCGCCCACGGCUGCUUUCAUCAGAGAUGGUUACAAGUAAGUGCAGCAAGGAAAUGGUAUUUUCAAACUGGGCCUCGGUUCUCUUUCUUGGUUUGUUUCUCAAGCUAAGAUUUUCCUUCUCAUCCGUGAACUUUACUUUGCUGUAACAAGGUGGAGAGGAGACUAUUUAACAAGGCGCAGUGGUCUGGCAUCACUUUUGCAGUGAGAGUGUGAGAGUGUUCAUGGUAAAAUCCUAUUGGUGUAGGUGCAGCCUUAGGGAGAUCAGUUUCUUUUUCUCUCUUGCCCAAAGGAGGGAUGAGUGAUUUCUUACGUCCUGUAAUCGUCAGGCCCU